ACUAAUAACUAAUAAUUAUGCUUACUCCAACACGUGUCCAUCUGGCACCCUUUCAGACGGCCACUUGUCUCCUCCAGGUACUUUUCUUCUCUAAACACCAAGGGCAUUUUCGGAAACUCACAUUUACUAACUAUUUUUUUUCUCUCUCUUCAUUUUAUAUCUUCUCCCACAUAUCCCAGAAAUAGAGGUAUAAUAGAUAAAAAAUAAAUAAUCUAUUUGUUUUUAAUUUUUUAAAUAAUUUAUAAUUACAAUAAAAACCAGCCCCUCUCUCUCAUCAUUUCUUUUCUCUGUUUUUUUCUUUUUUUCUUUUUCCUUCAUUCUCCUUUUUCUGCUCCUAUUUUCCGGCGAGUUUUUCCGGGACUUUUCGCCGCUUCCAUACAUAUAAAUAUUUAUAUUGUGUAUAUACAAUAGACACACGUAUUCGCCUCGAAAUCCUUUUGUUUUGAAAACUGAAGUCUUACAUAAUUAUACACAGAAAAGAAGAGACAAAGAUCGAUAUGGGUUUUGGAUUGAAUGUUUUGUUUUCCUAUCCAAACCAAUAAUGGAUGCAUACUUCUGAUAAUAUACGAGUUUCUGCAAAUGGGUUUUGCUUUAUAUCGGCCGAGACGACGCUAUAGUUGUUGAACACUAAGAUAUUUUUUGCUGGGAUUUUUUUUUUCAGAAAGUAGAAGAUAAAAUGGGUGAAGCUGACGAAGGAAAGGGAAUCAGAGGAGAAGUUAGUGGUAGUGGUAGAGAAAUGGAGAACCUUUCUCUGCAAAUAGAGAAAUAUCCAAGAGAUCUGUUGCAUAGAUUGAUGAGUAGCAGUAACACGCAGCAGCAAUCCCAAAACGCAGCGUUUGAUGCUGCUGUAGAAGGAGAAGGAGAAGACGAAGAAGAUUCAGAAGAGCUUGAAUUGAAUCUGGGUUUGUCUUUAGGAGGUCGAUUUGGAGUUGAUAAGAAUGCAAAUAAGAAGAACAAGCUUACCCGAUCUUCUUCGAUAAUCGGAACCAUGCCGCUCGUAAGGGGCAAUAACAACAACGAAGAAACGACAACGCUAUCGCCGCCCGUGCCAUACCCGAAUCUGAUGCGAACGUCUUCACUUCCGACGGAAACCGAAGAGGAAUGGAGGAAGAGGAAAGAGUUACAGACCUUAAGAAGAAUGGCAGCCAAGCGAAGAAGGUCCGAGAAGCAGAGGAACUCGGCCAAGGGCGAGAAAGAAGCAGGGUCUUCUCUAGAAGAGGAGAAACGUGAUAAUACGACGGCGUUUAGCUCGUCCUCCGUGGGCCCACCUUUUGGGUUUACCACUUGGGCUGCGGCCACUAGACAAACCCUGCUCGGCACCGGAGCCGGUUCCGAUUUAGUAAUAGCUAAAAGUAAAGUUAGUGCUGGUGCUAUACAAAAUACUUCUCAAGGUUCUGUGGAGUCUCACGGUGGAAGCUCAUCUGGCAUGUCGGAAUUGGAGAGUAAACCCAUUCAAGUGUGGUUCUCUUCUUAUGUUUCCCCAUUUCCUUCACAGGUUCCAGCAGUUGUGGUGAAGCAAGCCCUGCCGGCCAAUCCAGCCAUCGGUUGUCUCAAGAACAAAACCAAGAGAACACAGGGCCGUCAGGGGCAAAGGCAACCGAAAGUAAAUGUACCACUUCAGGAUCCAAAGCCGAAAACCAAUCUAAAAAUCCUAGUGCUGGAGGAAGCAAGGGGAGGGAAAUUGGAAUGAAUGCUAUGGAAGAUAUGCCUUGUGUGUUCACAAAAGGAGAUGGUCCGAAUGGCAGACGAAUAGAUGGGAUCCUCUAUAGAUAUGGGAAAGGAGAAGAAGUGAGGAUAAUGUGUGUAUGCCAUGGCAAAUUUCUCUCUCCAGCAGAGUUUGUCAAGCAUGCCGGUGGUGGUGAUGUGGCUCAUCCACUUAAGCAUAUAGUUAUAAAUCCUUCCUCUGCUUCCUUUUUGUCAUAGCACUAUAUCAUCAUCCCUUUUGAAACCUGGGGAUUCAAAAAUAGACAACAGAGAAAAAAUAUAUAAUAUUUUCUUUUUUUUAACCUCGGAAGUUUUCUUUAGAUGCAAAAAGUAUGUCGUAGAGUUGUUCAUAAUUUGGAAGAAAAAUUUACAUUCGUCUUUUCU